AUGAACGGUACCGUAGACGACAUACUGAACGAAUGCAUCGAGCGACUCGCGGCGGGCGAGACGGUCGAGCAGUGCCUGGCGAGCUACCCCGACCACGCGGUCGAGUUGGAGCCGAUGCUGCGCACCUCAGCCGCGACGAUGAACGUCGCCGCGGCGAUCACGUACCGCCCGGAGGCCAAACAGCGGAGUAGGUACAACUUCACGGCCGCCGUGGCGGACAGGCAACGAGAGGCUAACCGGGGUUGGCUAGGUCGCGCUAUCCGACCUUCGGGCUGGCGGGCGAAGCUCGCGCGGACGGCCGCGGUGGCCCUCGGCGUCGUCGUGCUGGGAACGGGCACCGCAUACGGCGCGACGGUGGCCUCCGAGGACAGCGUGCCGGGCGAUCCGCUCUACGCGGUAAAGACCCUCAAGGAGGACAUCUCCCUGAGGAUGCCGAAGUCGGACCUGGCGCUGGCGAAGGAGCACGCGCACCUGGCAAACGUCCGCACCGAGGAGCUCGGCGCUCUCAUCGACCGGGGCAGGAUGGAGCAGGCUAAUAAGCAGGUCGUGCGGGUGACGUACCACCUGAACUCGUGCGCGGAGCUCGUCGGCGUUACGAUCACGGCCAAUGCGAACCCCUUGGAGAUGCCUGCCCAGCCGGCGCGGAUGAGUCGGCAGCCGCGAAUAGUCGAACUCGUCGCGUUCUAUGAGUACGAAGCACAGCGCGCGCGAAACCGCUUCGAGCGGCAAAUGCGACGCCUGCCGCCGCAUCGGCAGUGGGAAGCCUACCUGAUGAUGCAGCAGUGGGAGAUGAUGCACCGCAUGUUCCUGCAGGCCCUCUUACACGAAGGCCCACCUGUGUGGAUCGUCGGGAUCGACCCAAGAGGCGGGCCUGCGCAAUAA